GAUUAAUGUGAAUAUUUGUGCGCAGGUGCCAAAUGGAAAGUAUCAAAAAGGCAAAACAGAGCAAGAAAAGAAAACCUUAGGCCUAAUGAGAUCGCCAGUCAUAAAAACAACCCCAACAAUCUAAAUUCAUAUGUUUACAUGUCUCUGUUACAAUAUACUGAAGUCAUUAAAACUGAAAACGCUAUCAAAGCAAGUAUACACGAUUUAUUAAGAAUAUUAUCCAUGAAUUCCUAACACUUUCACUUUCUAAUAUUAUCACAUGACUGUCAUGUGACUAAUAAAUCUGACGAGACAUCGCGAGACUUCAACCGCCAAUUUCAAAACUGGAAUCAACAAACGUGCACGGAAUGAAAUUCCUUUGAUGAAUAAAGACUAAUCCAGCCGUUAAAUCACAUUAAAGAUGGAUCCGUUUACACAGAAAUUGUUGGAGCGUACACGUGAAAGACGUGAGAAGCUCGCCGAAAAAAUGGGAACUGGCAAGAAAGAGGCCCCUGUAAUCCAAAGUGAAAACAUCACCAUGCCAACCACAAAGAUGGAGGAAAAGACAAUGGACUCCUCACCAAGGGUUGCCCCUCCCCGCAAAAGACGCACACCUCUAAGUGAUGACUUAAGCGAGAAUAUUCAGAAUGCAGUCAUGGAAUCUAGUGUGAAAAAUACCGAUGAUGACUCGCCCAACAAGAGAAAGUGUUACAGAGAAACUGAGAACUCGAUGAAGCCAGACACUCCAGCCAUCCUUGGUGUCAAAUCACGCCUAGCUGGACUGGCUGCUCGUCAGAGUGCAUGGAAUAAUGGAGAUGAUACAAUGGACGUUGAGAAUGCUCCCUCCCCCACUCGUAACCAGGCAACCAUCUCCCCACCCCCAAUGGUUGUUGGCUCAGCAACUAAGUCUGCUCGCAAGGGACGAUUUGCAGCCCUCGCAGCAAACAUAAAUGGAUGGGAGGAUGACCUGAGUCACCCAUCACACAGAAUUGAAGAUGAUGCUGCCCCAGUUAAACCCCCACGUACAUUUAACGAGUCUGUCCCAGCUGCAUCCCCCGCAAAACCACCCCGUGUCGCUGCUACAAACUCACCAAUGAAAAGUAACCCUGUUCAGAGUCCUGCAAGGUCAAGCCCUGCACGUAACCCACACAGAUUUGUCUCUCCCAAUAAGGGUCAAACGGAAGAAACUUUCCCUGCUCCUUCACGAUCCCCUUCUCCCAUUAAAAAAUCUGACAAUGAGGCCCGUCAUGUGAGCACGCUUAAUGUUCCUAUUGCUUCAACAAAGUCUGCCAACUCUGUAAAACAAAUCACCAUGACAACCCCAAAGACUGAGGAACCAAUCAGAAGGGAAAACGAACCCACAGACACACCAGUUGUGAUGCGUAGAAGUGCCUGGGAGAGUAAGAGUGCCAAGAAAGAGGACAAUGAGCCCACAAAGAGACCAGUCUCUGCCCGCAUGGCUGACUGGGAAACGAAGGUUAGAAAUCCACAACCAGCACAAAGGCCAAAGACGACAUACAAGGCGACUCCGGGUCGACUAAAUACCCCAGCAAGGCCUGACAAUGCAGUACCCCAGCUGCGAAAAACAUCCGCCCCAGUCAACAACUCCCAGCGAACUACCCACCAGGCUGAAGAACCAACUGAAAAAUCCAUCAUGUCUCGUAUGGCUUGCUGGGAGCAGAAGGCAUCAACAAAUCCAAACUCUGUCCCCACCCCCCAGAAGGGAGCAGUAGGAGUCAGUUUGGCCACAGGGGCUUCUAUCACCCCCAAGAAACUUGUCGAACGUGGUAAAUCUUUCUCUGAGAAGAUCGCAGAGAGAGCGAAGGAUUUACAGACACCAAAUAAAAGUCCCACUAAAAUACAUUCUCCAGUAAAGAUGACUCAGGGAGUGAAGAACAUGCAAGAGAACCUUAAGCAGCAGAUGGAGAAGAAAUGGCAAGAUAACGAGAUUGCUGAUAAGAUACGCCAACAGAAAGAUGCUGACAUGGAUGUUCUCAACACAAGGUGGCAGAAUUUCAAGGGUGGCCCCGUCACUUCAACCUCUGCUCCUGCGCCAGCUCCACCAGCACCACCAGCGCCCUCUGCCCCUGUUCAAGAACCAGUCAGAUCAAGGCAUCAAACUGCACCACAACCCAAACUCGAGAAUGACAUGCCUAAGCCUCGUCCUCGCUCAAAGCACCUGUCAGCUGACCUUUUCCGUGCUGCAGCCCUUGAUGAGAGUAUAAUGCCGGAGCCUGAAGAGCCUAAAACUCGUCCACCUACGAUGCGUGGAAAAGUUGGUGAUAAACGCGAAGCUGCAAGAAAUAAAGUUAGACAAGAUUUUGAGAGUAAACUCAAAACCAUGGGCUUCGCGGUCGAAUCUAAUGCAGAUCUCGGCCACGUCGCUAAAAUAAAUCUUAAAAAAGGUGCAGUGAAGAUAUCCAAAGGUGCGCAGCCUGGUGAGAAAAUAAUGGAAUAUCAAGUUGAGACGACUGUCGAGACAAAAAAUGGUGAAACGCGUGUAAGCAGCAAGGUCUUGAAGGAUAAUACCAGCACAGAUAGCGGAUUGAGUCGUGAGGGAUCGUUCCGCGGAAAUGCCGAUUAUGACACUCAGAGUGAGACUGGGUCCGAGCGUAGCAAUAGUCGCCAAAGCACCUCCCCCAGUUCUAGCGAAUACACUGUGGAUGACAGUAUCUUUGAGGCCCCUAGAGGGCGCCCCUACAAACGCCAAGAUUCAUUCUCCUCUCAGCAAUCGCUCGAGACCGAUUGCUCCGAAUACACCAAUGAAACAGCAGAUGAAAGCUACGAUGAGCAGGAAACAACCAUCAAGCAAAGAGUUGCAGAUUCUUAUGACGAGAGUGAAUCCGAGGCUAGUAGCACAUAUGUAAGCCUCAACGAGUAUCGUCGACAGACAAGUGGCUCCAAACAGUACAAAUAUGUGCCCCGUAAUGUACCAGCCGCAGAUUACUCCACAACGGAGAGUGACAGUGACUUUGUCCCCUCACAUAGUUUUAAGUACCAGACCAAAGCUAACCAGCAAGUGUCUACAAGUCAUGGCAGACAUGACUUUGAUCCCAAUGAAACUGAAAUAGAGGCUGCUGCUGGCGAGAUUGAUGACCUGCUAGAUGAGGUCAUGUCCGACACAGAAGAUGACAUCGAUCCUAAGAAGUAUGAUACAAACUUUGGCCUCAACAAGCAAGUCAGUUUCAAUCCAGAUGGUCCUAACUUGACUGUCAUCUCCCGAGACAACAGUUCAAUGGACAGCAUGAGUUCGGCCAGUGAUAGCUCCUCCGAGACACGUCAUCAGGCAUACAGCCUUAGUUCCUACAGGUCAACCCAAAGCACAAAGAAGCAGCCAGUACCUGCCCCAAGAGUAACAGUAGUACGACGUGUAAAACACGAAAGUUCAAGUUCCCAAGAGGAUGAAGAACCACUUCCUUUUAUUCCAGAGAAGAAUGCCAAAGAAAAGAUUCAGGAGUUGCAACAACUGGUGAAUGGGGAACAAAGUGUGAUUAUGCAGACUAGCAAUGCGCUGAACAAAUGCUGUGGCCGCGAGUCAUCAUUUGCAGGGUCAGCGGAACAAGUCGAGUGCAAUAGAUUGCUACUUAUAGCAUGCCAGAAACGUCAAUCCUACUUGGCUGAAAUCCAAAAACUGAAGGAAGGCAAGGCAACCAAGCCUCAUCCUAAUACUUCUAAGGGGUCUCUUUCUAUCAGUGAUAUGAGACUUCCACUGAAGAAAGAUUUCCUCAGCAGGAUGGGAACAUCCUCAGACAAGACGGUUCACUACUUCCUUUGCCUGCUUCGUAACGGUCCCCACGUGAUAGCCACCCAGAUGGUCUCGACACAUGACGCAGGAGUUCGCGCCAGUAUUGAUUUUCCAAAUCUUAUUAAUAUCAAGGAGGUCCAUAGAGACUUCAAAUAUGACUUGGAGAUAUAUUCAAUGUCUGUUACAAAGGAAAUACAAGACCCAAAGAAAUCCAAGUCCAAGACCCCCAAGAAAUUGUUUGGAAAGUCUCAAACUGCUAUGCCUAGUCCAGGUGGCCCAUAUGCAGUGAGGACUACUAGUUUCACAUGUAUUGCUACUCUGCCACUGACCAUGGAUUGCCUCAACCACAACUGCUUUACACUAAACAGAGUCCCUUACUCGAGUCCACUCCAUGGUACCAUUUACCUGAGACUACGCUGUAUGUUUGAAAUUAAUGUAGAAGAAAGAGGAUUCCUGACCAUGUUUGAAGAUGUGAGUGGGUUUGGAGCCUGGCAUAGAAGAUGGUGUGUUUUGCGUAAAGGCACCCUGAGAUACUGGAAAUACCCCGAUGAUGAAAACCAUCGUGAUCCAAUGGGAAUCAUCGAUUUAAAGCGUUGCAUCACAGAUUCAGUUGGCUUGAUUCCACGUGAUAUCUGUGCCCGACCUCAUACUUUUGAGUUGGUGUCGAUCCGACCGCAACAGAGAGGGGAACGCAACUCUCUGAUUUCACAGACCUACAACACAAUGACCACAACAAGACAUCAGCUGUCAGCAGACACAAAGGAAGACAGAAUCCUUUGGUGUAAGAAAGUGAACGAGGCUUUAGAGAAUGUACGAGCGUGGCACCCUGAUGCGAUGAGACCAAUCAAGCGCAAAACGAAUCCUAAUGAAUCCAAUGUAUAGACAGAGACAUCUA